GCCGUCCUCCACACUCCGCACAGCCAACAUAAUAUUUUUCUUAUGUGCGUGGUUAUGCACUUAUGUAACCAACACGGAGGGGGGGCCACGCAGCCGAACCGAUCUCAUCGCAUCGUUUCAUGCAUGUCAUGUCCGAGCAGUUGUCAAGCCCUUGGCGAGAUCGCACAGCCUGCCCUUCACGCAACCAUCUUUCGAGUCGUCUUAGCCGUGACAUUUUUCAGCGAAUCCCCAUGGUAAUGUCAUGAUCGUUGUCAGGGUCAUGGUCAUGGUCAUGGCCUGUGGCUGUCCCGCCAGCGCCCCCCCGCGAUCCCUGGCCCGUCCUGUCCCUUCGUAUCGGGGCGAACGAGAGCGCACGUUCGUCCAAUCCAUCAUCGGCGAUUAGUGAUGUUCAUGGGCCGCAGGUAUCGCACCAGCCAAAGAUGAGUGAGCAGGUACCGGCCGGAGAAUACCUGCGAAGUUCCGCGCUGGCCGCAGGGGAAGGCAAAAAAGCGAGCCAAAGGGAAAAUAAGGGAAGCUUUUUCUGGAACUUACGGGGAUGGACAUGGGGCAUGCAUUUUAUCUGGGCCGGCGGGGGUGAUGGGUGGACUAUGGUUCCGGGACAAGCAGAGGACAAGACGAGGACGCCAGCAAGACAAGAGGAGAUAGACGACAAGGCGAAGACUGGACGAAGACUGGACGAAGACUGGACGAAGGCCGGGACGAUGAAGAAGACGAAGAAGAGUUCGAUGGCAACGGCAGGUUAUGCUGUCAUGCCCCCCAUGGGGUAA